AGCUAAGACGUAUCGUAUAUGUUAGAUCUAUAUUAUUGAAACGAAAAAUUAAAAAAGGACUUAGUCCCGAUGAGAUUAAUAAGCUUUAUGGUGUUUAUUUAUCAUAUAGAAAAAGCUAUGAAGGACAAAUGGUAAAAAACCCUGAGACGCAAGAAGAGUAUGCUAUAGCCUGCGAUGAAUUUUAUGCUUUAUUUAGGGAAAAUUACUCACAAUAUAUUGGAAUAAUUGAUCCAGCCAAAUGUACUCCACCAUAUGAGAAAUAUGUUUAUUGUUCUCCUAGUAGCUGGAUAGAAGCUAAGAAACAACAGUUAAGACGACGGUUAGAUAAGGUAUUAUACGGACAUAAACCCAAUUUCUCAGGAAGAGAAUUUCAGUUUAAUUUGCUAUCUACUAUUAACUAUUAUCAUACGACCGACAACUAUAUCAAGAUGAUCUAUCCGAUGAAAAAUGCAAGAAUAAAAUAA